GUGCAUCGAAUCAAUGCAGAGUGAAAGGCAGAAGGUGGGAACAGACAUCAGAUACCUCAAGGAAAACCUUGGAACGUGCUUGGCUGAAGGACUUGCAGAAGUGGCGGAUCACCGGCCAGUGGAUCCCAUCCGUUUCCUGGCAUCCUGGAUUUGCAGCUAUAAUGAAAAUAGAAAGAAAGAAGAAAAGGAAAAGACAGAAAAGGACCACCUAGAAUUUCAACAUGAAGAAUUUCUUGCAGACUUGGAGAGGACAGAAGAGCUGAAAGCUGAAGAACUUCUGAUGGCCCAGAAAUUUGAAGAGCGGCAGAAGAUGACAACCAAAGAAAAGGUGCGACGCAUGCCUGAAGAAUAUGAAACUAAGUCAACGCAAGAGGCAUUAGAAAACACACUAGAUCAAGUUGACCUAAAUGUUGUAAUGAAUGAGCUGGAUGAGCUAUCGGGCAAAGUAAGUCCUAGUUUAACCCUCCAGGAAGCCUUGUUGGAAAUUGCUGCAGAUGAAAAUUUAAGUCCCAAAGUCUUAGAUGACAGAGGGGAAGACCAGUUGGAACAAGAAAGAGCAACCGAGAAGGAGCAUGACAUACAAGCAGAAGAUGACACUCAGGCUGAGAAAUACAGAUCUGCUCACAAUGGGAAUUCAGAAUAAUUGCACAAUUCGUGUAUACUUGGAAGAAAAUCCUGUUGUGUUCAAAAGGCUUUGUACGAA